UGGUUUUUUUGCUUCGUGUUCUUUUUUUUGUUCGUUAAAGAGAAAGAGAAAGAUGAGAUCUUUUUACAAACCCUAAAUCACUCUCCACCUCGCGAUUGAUUAGAUUAUUCCGAUGGCAGCUUCCAUCGAUUCCGAUCACAAACUCUGUGGUUUCCUCCGUGCCGUUGUCUCCGUCGAUUCGCCGCAUGAACUAUCAUUAGGCUCCUCUUGUUUGAUCUCCAAUGAUGGUUUCAAAUCCGAUAACGGCGUGAUCUUAUCCCUCGUCAAUUCCACCUCCAAUCCCAAAUACCUAACUCCGGAAAUCCUCGAAGGAGAUCAUGAUGUUGAUAACUGUGGAUCGGAGAGUACACCGAAACGCCGCAAGUCUCAGAAAUCGAACAGACGAGGCUCAUCCGGAAGCAAAAUCUGUUCGGCGGAGAAGAGCAAUGGACGGGGGAGGAAGAUGGUGAGGAGUAUAGGCAUGGUGAAUGGAAGCAUGAGCGUAGUGAAUCAACUUCACGCUUUGGUUGCUAAUAAAUGUUUGAAGAUCGAAUGUCGAGUGGUGAAGGCUGAUAAGCGUGAGAGUGGAGAAAAGAGAGCUGUGGUGUUGGUGGAUGUUUAUAUGCCUGUUGCAUUGUGGUCGGGAUGGCAGUUUCCUAAGUCCCAGGCUACUGCUGCUGCCUUGUUUAAGCACCUGAGCUGUGACUGGGGACUGAGAAGCUCAAUCCUUGGCGGGGAAAGUAUUUGGGAAGAGGUCAAUGGAAGAAUAAAGGCCAUAUGGGAUCUAUCAGACUGCCAUGUGUUUGGUUGCAAACUACACUGUAAUGCCCCAGAUUCUCCAGGAAGAAGAUUAUUUAAACUACAUGAAAUCUUUCAGAGCUUGCCCAGUCCAGGAAAUAGUGGUGUCUUAGAUUCUUCUAGAGUAUCACCAUCCAAUGACUCUUGUGCAACUGGCAUUUGGGAUCUCCCAGCUGACGUUUUGACCAGCAUUAUGAUGAAACUUAACCCGAAAGAUCUUGUCAGCGUUGCAGGAGUCUGCCGUCUCUUUAAAUCAUUGGCCUUUCUAAUCGUGCCAUGUAUGAAUCUUAAACUAUUUCCUCAUCAGCAGGCAGCAGUUGGUUGGAUGUUGGAGCGCGAGAGGAAAGCUGAGGUUUUCUCACAUCCCCUAUACUUGGAAUUCCGUACUGAGGAUGGGUUUAGUUUUUACAUAAAUGUUGUGUCUGGUGAUAUAACCACUGAGGAAGCCCCCAUGGUCAAGGAUUUUCGAGGGGGAAUGUUCUGCGAUGAACCAGGUUUAGGUAAGACGAUAACAGCAUUGUCACUUAUACUGAAGACACUGGGAACAAUGGCUGAUCCGCCUGAGGGACUUCCUGUAAUUUGGUGUACACAUAAAAAUGACACGAAAUGCGGUUAUUAUGAGUACACUAGUGACCAGAUCACUUCUAACGGAAUGUUAACAGUAAAGAGGUUUCUAAGUCCAAGUAGCUUUCGAAGCCAGCUUUCUUUGGAAGCUUUUAGUCCGUUGCUAGAGUCGAAAUCUUUGCCUCUUAAGCAAGCUAGCCUGAUGGGUUCAGAUGGUCAAACUUCUGAGUGUAAGAACACAAAUUCUGAAAACGAAUAUGGAACUAUCCUUGAUUUAGAAGAUCAACGUAGACUGAGUAAUGUCAGAAAAAAUCUCUUGCCUGUAUAUAAUGGCGUAUCUGAGCUCUCUGAAGUGAUGGAAGCUAAAAGAAGUGGUAGUUGGAAGAAGUUUGGUAGGAUAACUGGUUGUAAGAGAAAGGGUCCAACUGGUUCGGAUGUGGAAAGCGAUAUUUGGGUACAGUGUGAUGCUUGCUCAAAGUGGCGGAGAAUAGUAGACGACGGUGUAUCUGUUACUGGUUCUGCAUGGUUUUGUAGCAACAAUGCUGACCCUGCAUAUCAGAGUUGCAAGGAUCCUGAAGAAUUAUGGGAUAGAUCUCAACCAAUAAAUUACUUGCAAGGUUUUUAUACUAAGGGAGCUUCCGGUGAAGAAAAUGAAAAUAUUUCUUUCUUCACCAGUGUCCUUAGGAAACACAAGUCUUCAGUAAAUUCAAACGUAAAUAAAGCCUUAAUCUGGCUUGCUAAACGCUCUAUCGAGCAGCUCUCACUGAUGGAAACAGUUGGCUUACCAGGUCCACCAGUUAAUGUCCGUGGUUACCAGAGAUUGUUUCACGCAUUUGGUCUAACAAGUAGAUUUGAAAAGGGUGUCACUAGAUGGUUUUAUCCAAAGCUUCUUGAGAACUUAGUGUUUGACUCACCUGCCCUCAAGGUUGCUCUCUGUCAGCCGCUGGAUGCAUUUAGAUUGUAUUUGUCAAAAGCAACUCUAAUAGUCGUGCCUGCGAAUCUUGUUGAUCACUGGAAAACACAAAUCGAUAAACAUGUCAGCGCUGGUCAGCUACGUAUCCUCGUUUGGACUGACAAUAAGAAGCUUUCUCCGCACAACCUGGCUUGGGACUAUGAUGUUGUGAUCACAACUUUUAGUCGCUUAAGUGCUGAAUGGAAUCCUCGGAAGAAAAGCCCAUUGAUCCAAGUGCACUGGCUGAGGAUCAUGCUAGAUGAAGGACACACUCUUGGUUCUAGUCUCAGUUUGACAAAUAAAUUCCAAAUGGCUGUUUCUCUGACAGCUUCUAGUCGUUGGUUACUGACUGGAACACCAACCCCGAACACGCCAAAUAGCCAGCUUUCGCAUCUCCAACCUCUUUUAAAGUUUCUUCACGAGGAAGUAUAUGGAGACAAUCUAAAGUUUUGGGAAGCUGGCAUCCUUAGACCAUUUGAAGCAGAAAUAGAGGAGGGUCGUUCUCGUUUGCUUCAGCUGCUUCAGAGAUACAUGAUAUGUUCUAGAAAGAAAGAUCUGCGGAUGAUUCCUCCCUGUAUCAAGAAGUCGACAUACAUUAAUUUCGUUCCAAGACAUGCAAGAAGCUACAAUGAACUAGUGGAGUCAGUUAGGCGUAAUAUCUUAUUAGCUGAUUGGAAUGACCCGUCUCAUGUCGAAAGUCUGCUUAACUCUAAACAGUGGAAAUUUCGAAACGCUACCAUAAAUAAUGUCAGACUAUCUUGCUGUGUGGCUGGGCAUAUUAAAAUGACUGACGCUGGUCAGGAUAUCAAAGAGACAAUGGAUGAUUUAGUUGAAGGUGGUCUCGACGAUUCUACCUUUGAGUAUUCUUCUAUUCAAAAUUGCCUUAUUAGUGGCUGCAACUGUAAAAGGUGUGGGGAAUGGUGCCGACUUCCUGUGAUCACUCCAUGUAGACACUUACUAUGCCUGGAUUGCGUUGCUCUUGAUAGCGAAAGAUGUACUUUUCCUGGUUGUGGAUACUUAUAUGAGAUGCAAACUCUGUUGGCUCGACCAGAAAACCCAAACCCAAAAUGGCCUGUGCCAAAGGAUCUUAUUGAGUUACAACCUUCAUAUAAUCAGGAUGACUGGAAUCCUGACUGGCAAUCAACAUCUAGCAGUAAAGUCAGUUAUCUCGUGGACAGACUGAAAAAGUUACAUGAGGGUAAUCGUAAAAGCAUUUUGUCUUUCAACAAGAGUAGCUGUGACAACCUUGAAGAGAAUAACCCUGGUACCUCGAAAGCCUUUUUUGGGCAUGAAUUUCGUGAACAAGAUUUGAGAUCUCAGAUGGUACUUGUUGAUAAAGUUCUGAUUUUCUCACAAUUUCUUGAGCAUAUUCACGUGAUUGAACAACAGUUGGAAAUUGCUGGCAUCAAGUUUGCUGGAAUGUACAGUCCAAUGCCUUCGUUUAAGAAGAUGAAAAAUCUAGCCAUGUUCCAGAACGAUGCUGAUUGCAUGGCACUUUUGAUGGAUGGAAGUGCUGCGCUAGGUCUUGAUUUGAGCUUUGUAACACAUGUGUUCUUGAUGGAACCAAUCUGGGAUAAAAGCAUGGAAGAGCAAGUGAUCAGUCGUGCUCAUCGGAUGGGCGCAAAACGCCCUAUUUAUGUAGAAACCUUAACCAUGCGUGGUACGAUUGAAGAGCAAAUGAUGAGAUUCCUCGAGGAUGCUGAAAAGAGUGAUAGAUUCUCAUCUAGUGGAGAUUACAUAAAAGUGGAGCAAGAGACAACACGAGGUAGCAGGCGCACGAUACAUGAUUUGGCAGAAAGCAAUUACUUGUCUCAUCUUAUCUUUGUUCGAUCAGAGGGCAACACAUAGUUUGACUUCACUAUCUACCUACAUUCUAUGUUAGGCAUUUUGUAAAUGCUUAUGUAAAACUAAAAUUUAUGUUAGACAUUGAGAGUAACUUUUUGUUUAAAUCAUUAGAAACUUAUAGAA